AGCAUGGAUGUUGGCAAUGGCCACAGCACAAGUUGCGUCUUCACAUAACUACGCAGAUGCAUUGUCAAAGUGUCUUUUGUUUUUUGAAGGCCAAAGGUCGGGAAAGUUACCACCUUCACAACGAAUCACUUGGAGGAAAGAUUCUGCUCUAAAGGAUGGCUCUGAUGCUGGUAUGGAUCUUGUAGGAGGUUACUAUGAUGCCGGUGACAAUGUGAAGUUCAACUUUCCCAUGGCAUUCACUACAACAAUGUUGUCAUGGAGCGUUCUAGAGUUUGGACAAUCAAUGGGCCCGGAGCUUCCAUUUGCUUUGGAAGCUAUAAGAUGGGGGACAGAUUAUUUGCUUAAAUCCACAAAUGUACCUGAUUCUGUUGUUGGCGUUGUUGGUGACCCCAAUAGCGACCACACUUGUUGGGAAAGACCUGAAGACAUGGACACCCCUCGAACCUCUUAUGUAGUAACUAAAGAAAAGCCAGGCUCAGAGGUUUCAGCUGAGAUUGCAGCUGCACUCGCAGCUUCUUCCAUGGUGUUUAAAGAUUCGGACAGAUUCUACUCGGCUUUGCUUCUUAACCGGUCUAUUCAGGUGUUUGAAUUCGCGGAUACGUAUAGGGGGUCUUACAAUGACAGUAUUGGUGAAGGAGCAUGCCCAUUUUACUGCGACUUCAGUGGCUACAUGGAUGAACUGCUCUGGGGAGCUGCGUGGUUAUACAAGGUAACCAAGGCACCAUAUUACUGGGACUAUGUCCUAGCUAACAUACACUACUUGGAGUCCACUGUAAUAAGAAAGGUUAAUGGCGGUCCGUACUUAACUGGUUCUGUCACUGAAUUUGGAUGGGAUUCAAAGCAUUCUGGCAUCAACAUACUUGUUUCUCAGUGGGCGAUGACUGAUCCCAGCAUUUCUAAUCCCUUUAUUCCCAAGGCGGACGAGUUAGUAUGCUCUAUUUUGCCUGAAUCACCUGCUCCAAAAUCAGUCACAUUUUCACCAGGUGGGCUAUUGUUCAAACCUGGAGGAAGUAACCUGCAACAUUCAACAUCCUUAUCAUUUCUUCUUUUAGUUUAUGCUGGCUACAUGAAAGCUGCCAACAAAGUUGUGAACUGUGGCAACAAUGUUAUUAUCACUCCAGAUAGGCUGGUGAAUUUCACCAAAGGACAGGUUGAUUAUAUACUAGGAAGCAACCCAUUGGAGAUGUCAUACAUGGUUGGAUUUGGGCCAAAGUUCCCUCAGAAAAUACAUCACCGGGGAUCAGUGAUACCUUCCAUGGAUAAGCACCCACAACACAUGCAGUGCCAUGAAGGAGACUUGUAUUUCAAAAGCACCGAUCCAAACCCUAAUUUAUUAAUAGGUGCAGUUGUGGGAGGGCCUGCUGAGAAUGAUACAUUUCAAGACUCUCGAUAUAAUGUUCCACAAUCGGAGCCAACCACAUAUAUCAAUGCACCUUUUGUGGGUGUAUUGGCUUACUUCAAAUGUCCAUGGCUCUUUUGGUUCCAGCCAUGGGCAACAAAAGCGCCAUUGGCCGAGAAAGCCGUGAGCAAUGAUUGGGACGAUGCACACGCAACGCUUUAUGGUGACAUGGGUGGAUCAGGAACCAUGAAAGGCGCAUAUGGAUAUACAGUGAUCUUUGCCAAGAAGGCUAUGACUCGGAGACAACAGCUGUAG